AUGGAACGUGAGAAACCUCACCAACGUCGCGCGACUCGCCAGGCCGGAGGAGACGAAGCGGAUGUCUUGGAUUCUAUCAAUGAUCCUAUCAAAGAUAAACUCGAGGCUGUCAACUUGAAGCUUUGCCGUCCCGCUUUCCUACAGUCCAUUUCAGCUUCUCGUCUUCCCUCUCAAGCCGCCUCUGAUUGCUCCUCCAUCUCGCCCGAACCCACAAAAUCUACUUUUGGCUUUCAGGCAAGCAAACGCACCCAGUCUAACUUGUCUGAUACAGCUGUCGAGUUCGCCAGCAGAGUUGAACGGAUAGAAGCUGCCCAUAUUCUCACUAUCGAUCUUCUCAGCCAUGGUAGCGCCGCAGCCCUGACGUUGAAUCAUAAGGUCUGCCAAAAGCUUCAAGCAAGUGUUCUGCGAGCCUAUAAAGCUGCCAAAAGCAUGGCUACCGAUCGUGGCUUCCAGAGCUUCUCUCAUGGACACCAGGAUUUGGUUCUGGCCGUCGACUUCAACUACUUCGGUACCCGUAUGGUGACAGCUUCCUCAGAUCACCGACUGAAGGUUUGGGAUCGCAAGGACGACAACUGGAACCUCGCUGAUAGCUGGAGAGCCCAUGAUGCUGAAAUUGUCGAUGUUAAAUGGAAUGGACCAUAUGCCGGAGAAAUUCUGGGCAGCGUUGCUGAAGACGGUCGCUUCAAACUAUGGCAGGAAGAUGUCACCGAAGUCCCUCAGUCUGGUCGACGUUUCAAGCUUGUAACGACUCUGACGCCUGAAACAAAAGUGCCAUAUAUGUCACUGGACUUCAAGAACAUAUUUCAAGACACCUACCUUGCUCUGAUUACACGCGAUGGCCAUCUGAGCGUGUAUGAACCUUUAGACAACAACAAUAUCGCCGAAUGGCAGUAUCUGCAUGAUUCCUAUGUAUGUGCCACUCCUAGUCGCCAGGAUGAAGCCGGAUUCAAGGUCUGCUUCCACCACGAAAAACUACCCUGUUGGACUGCUGUGCGGGAAGGCCUUGACCGUAAGUCACUCUCUCUAGCUGUAGCAGCCAUGAAGACGGUGAAGAUCUUUCGGACAGACAAGAACAGAAAGUGGUAUGUUGCAGCCGAAUUGAACGAUGCUACAUCUAUCGUACGAGACCUUUCGUGGGCCAACGGGUCUAUGAGAGGAUACGAUAUCAUUGCAACAGCAAGCAAAGAUGGAGCUAUACGGAUCUACGAGCUACACAAUGCUGAGACUGACAAGCAAUCUGCAUCGGAUACGACUGUUGCGAUACACAACGGUCACACUGACGGUCGAAGCUCGCCACGCCCCCGUGGUUCACGCGCUGGUCCAUCUGGCAUCGGUGCUGGACUCGCCGGCGCGUCAAAAUCCAACGAAGAUUCACAAGAAGUUACGAUCCCUGGAAGGGUCAAGCAUCUGGUCAAAAAGGUGGCCGAAUUGAAAAAUCACCACGGCGCAGUCUGGCGUGUCGCGUUCUCACCGAUGGGGGACUUGCUUAUAUCCACUGGAGAUGACGGCACCAUUCGAACAUGGAAGAAGGGUGUGAAUGACCUUUGGAAGGAGUACUCUGAGAUAGAUGGCGCAAACGAGGAUUAA